UCAAUAAGAGCAGGGAGGGCUCCGAUGCCUCACUUGCCGCCCCUCGUCGCUAGCAGCCUCCGCCACCAGCCGCUCGGACUCCGGCUGCCCGGGACCGGCCGGCCUGCCGCAGUGCCCCCGGCUCGGCUCCCCCGGCCAGCUCUCCCCCAGAGGGGCCCUGCCCGCAGCCGGACGGACAGACGGCCGACAUGGACGUCUUCAAGAAAGGCUUCUCCAUCGCCAUGGACGGCGUGGUGGCCGCAGCCGAGAAGACCAAGCAGGGGGUCACCGAGGCGGCCGAGAAGACGAAGGAGGGGGUGAUGUAUGUGGGAACCAAGACCAAGGAGGGUGUGGUGCAGAGCGUGAGCUCAGUGGCUGAGAAGACGAAGGAACAGGCCAGUGUGGUCAGUGAGGCAGUGGUGGCCAGCGUCAACACCGUGGCCAAUAAAACGGUGGAAGGAGCCGAGAGCAUCGUCGUCACGACUGGCGUCGUCAAGAAGGAGGACCUGCUGCACCCAGACCAGUUGGAAGAAGCGGCUGCAGAAGAGAAUCCAGCAGAAGCCCCGGCAGAGGUCCCAGAAGCCACCGAGGAAGAGGACGAUGGUGGGAAUUAAUCCGGAGCAGAGCUGCCCCGAGCAGAGUCGCCGAGAGUCCCCAGAAACAUAGCUACAUCUGCGCCCUAAGCAAGGAGCCUCCUCCCAGCCUGCCUCUGCCCGGAAGCCCUCCCCGGACAAAAGGACAGAUGCAGAUGGACGUCGGGCCCUGGUCCUCUUUUCUGUCUCCUGUGUGCUUCGCCCCCACCCCAGCCACCACCACCACCACCCCGACGCCGGUCUGGGAGCCCGCACUCGAGCAGGGUCAGCCCACAGCACUGCUUUCUGGUUCCCCCAUAUUGCGCUAGGCUCUGUCCCGGGGAUCGGAAUUUUUUAUAUUAAAUAAAGAGGGUUUGGACUCAGCUGCUCCAA